AUGCAGACAGUUUGUCAAAGUAAGGAACAUGGAGGUCUAGGGGUAUUCUCUGCUAAAGCCUGGAAUACUGCAGCUUCUAUGAAGCUUAUUUGGAUGAUACACUUCAAGAAAGAUUUGUUAUGGAUUAAGUGGGUACAUGGCAGCUAUCUUAGACAAUCUGACAUAUGGCAAGUUCAAUCCAAAGCAAAUGAUUCUUGGAUGUGGAAACAGAUUCUUAAAAUGAGAGAUAAGGUGAUAUUCAAAUUUGGAAGUGCCUCUAAUGUUCAAAAUAUAAUUGCCAGGAGCUGCUCUGGAGGUAAUGUCCAGUUAUCUACUAUCUACAAUGAUCUCAUUAAUCAGAAUGCACAGCAAAAUGCAUGUGUUCUGCGCACAUUUCAGCAACAAGAAACCUGUAAGCAUCUUUUUUUUGAAUGUGCAUUCUCAGCUGAUCUCUGGAACAGAGUUAUGGAGUGGAUGAAUUACAAAUGGAAAUCUUGCAAUUGGGAUAGGAUUAUUGAAUGGUAUAGUACAAGAUUGAAGGGAAAGGGUUUUAUGAAGAAAGUUAAAAGAAUGGCACUAACUGUGUCAGUCUAUGCCAUUGGGAAGGAAAGAAAUCAAAGAAUUUUUCGGCAUGAAGCUCAAGACCCUGUUUUUGUGUUUUGA